AAGAUGAACCCCAACAAUCCGUUUGGGGGGCAGCAGUCGAGUCUCUUCUCCACUCCUUCCGGGGCCUCGCUGGGGACGUUUCAGGUCCAGCCACCGUUUCGAUUCGGUCAGCCCUCCCUCUUUGGACAGAACAAUGUGGGCUCAGGACAGAACGUGGGAUUCGCACAGACAUCCAGCUUUGCUCAGGCUGCUGGGGUCAGUCAGACACCUUCGGGACCCACAAUAGGCUUCCCUCCCACCUCUGGCUUGGGCUUGUACCCCACCCAGGGCCAGGCUCCCACCCUCACGGCAACUUCUGGACCUCCCGGUUCGUCUGUCCCCAGUAACGCAGGAUUUAGCUUCAAGCCGCCCACCAACCUUGGGGCUUUCUCUGGCCCCGCCAGCUUUGGCCUCAGCAGUGGGGAAACGUCCAGUUGUGGUUUGGGCCGGCCUGAGUUCAGCUUUAAGCCUCCGGAAAGUGCCACAUUCAGGCCAAUCUUUGGGGCUGAAUCAGAGUCAGAGAAGACUCCGAGCCAAGUCACUCCGGGCUCCUUCACGUUCUCCCACCCAGUGAGCAGCGGGCCCGAGGCUCUGGGCUCCUUCACGUUUUCCCAGGGGUCGAGCGGUGCAGGCACCAGCCCGAGUUUUACCUUCUCCAAACCAUCCGGCAACACUCCUUCCUCAGCCUUUGCCUCUGCCUCAUCAGGCCCGAAUGCAGAAGAGGAAAAGAGAGGCCCCAAACCUGCCUUUGGCAGUUCGGGGAGCAGCUUCACCAGCUUUGCUGGCUCCUUGCCGGGCUCUGUGGGGGAGCCCUUUGCCCUGAGCAAAGCAGCCGCCAAGCAAGGACGGGAUGACCUGGGUGGCCAGAGUGGGUCACUGCCUGGGCACGUGAAAGGGCUGAAACGGAAAGAAGACCACGACCGGUCCCCCAGGAGACGAGACUAUGACGCCCCGGAUGACGCGGAGCUCCUGUCACGGGGGGAUCAUCCCCCAGAAAAACGCCCUCCCCGAUUGGCGCGGCCACGGGGUGGUGGUGGCUUGUUUGGGCGGACACUGCAGGACAUGCUGAGAAGCAACAAAGAAGGGGGCCGCUUGGGGAGCAAGGAAGUGAAGAAGGAAGCUAGUGGUGGGGAACCGGCUGAGACAAACCACUCGGCUCCAGUGGGAGCAACCUUGUCUGUGCUGCCCAUCCCCCGGCUGAAGGAGGAGGGACUGGAUGGCAAAGAUGGCCAGGAAGCCUCCUCCAGCAGGGCCACCCCUUCCCACCGGGGGAAGAAGGAAAGCGUGGACAGCCCUGGCAGCUUGUCCCAGAGCGAGCUCACUGCCAUUCAGUGUAAGAACAUCCCCAAUUACCUCAACGACCGGAUGGUCCUGGAGAAACACUUUGGCCGAUUUGGAAAGGUGCAGCGUGUCUACCCCAGGCGCAAUCGGAAACUUGCCAUCAUCCACUUCUCUGACCACGUGUCAGCCUCCCUGGCUCGGAAGAAAGGCAAAAGUUUACAUAAAGAUGUCCUCAUCUUUUGGCACAAGAAAAAGAUAAGUCCCAGCAAGAAGGACUUUUCCCCAAAGGAGAAAAAUUCAAAUGACGGGGAAACCAUUCAGAGCUCUGAAGACCCUCCUUUCCAGCACUCACCACUGCGUAAACCUCUUCUGAGAGCUGCGGCCAGCAGCAGCCUUCUGAGCAAGAGUUCUCCGGUUAAGAUAUCAAGCCUUACCAAGUCUCUUCAGUUUGAAGGGGAGCCCUUUGAUGCCGGGCCCGAGGCCCAGAGCUCAGACACCCUGGGCCUGACUGUGACCACCCUCAGCACCCUGAUGGGUACGGUGGCCGAGACAUCCGAGGAGAAGUACCGCCUCCUUGAUCAGAGGGACAAAAUCAUGCGGCAAGCUCGUGUCAAAAGGACAGAUCUGGAUAAGGCGAAAGCCUUUGUCGGGACCUGCCCAGAUAUGUGCCCCGAGAAAGAACGGUACAUGAGAGAGACCAGGAAUCAGCUGAGCUCUUUCGAAGUGAUCCCCGGGACGGAUCAGGUGCAGCAGUUCAAACCCAAGGUCCGGAACUCUCCAGAGGUGAAGUUUGCAGUCCAGGCCUUUGCAGCUCUUAACAGCAACAACUUUGUGAGGUUCUUCAAGCUGGUCCGGGCAGCCUCCUACCUGAAUGCUUGCCUCUUGCACUGCUACUUCAACCAGAUUCGCAAAGAUGCAUUGCGGGCUCUCAACGUGGCCUACACAGUGAGCACUCAGAGAUCAACCAGCUUCCCCUUGGAUAACCUGGUGCACAUGCUGUGGUUUAGAGAUGCUGAGGAGGCUACCGAUUUUUUGAGUUACUAUGGCCUCAGUGUGUCCGAUGGCUGUGUUGAGCUCAAUCGUUCAGCCUUUUUGGAACCCGAGGGUUUGUCCAAGGCAAAGAAGUGCACAUUUAUCACUGAGAAGCGGAAGGUCUCGGUUGGAGAAGUGGUGAAUGGUGGCCCGUUGCCCCCCACCCCUCGGCACAUCCCAGUGUGCAGCUUCAACAUGCAGAACAAAUACGUGGGCGAGAGCGUGGGUCCUGAGCCUGCCCUGGGUGCACAGAAGCUCGGUGUGGAGGCUGGAGGAGGAGGGAAGGUGGUGCAAGAAGCCAGCCUUGGGACAGAGGCACCAGUGCUGCGAGUCCCACCACAGACCCUGCUUAUGCCCCUGGCUCAGCCGCUGUCCAGCCAGACCAUGGGGCCACCAGCAGUCCUUGUGGCUCCUGCGCCUGUGCCACCAUUGGCUGCCUCAUCAUCUCUUUUCCAGCCUGUCGGGCAGCCCGAGCUGCCGCCUCCCAAGCCUCGGCCUGGUUACACUGACAAGGACAUUGUGGAAGUUGUUGAUGGCCUCAUCCAGGAUGUCCUCAGAAACUAUUGCCAAGAAAUCAGCCAGGCCGGAGCUGCCUAUGUGGCUGCAGCCCGCGGUAUGUCCAAGAUAAUUGCAGAGGAGCUGUUGGCUGCCGCCACAACAGACAUUUUGAGGCAGGCUGCUGCUGAAGAGGUGAAUAAAGAAAGAGAAAGAAUUAAGGAAGAGAAGAGAAGAGCUGAAGAACGAAGACGGAAACAGGAGCGAGAGCGCCUGCUGGCCCACCUGAGCCAAGCACUGGCAAUCGAACUGAUGGAUCUCGUGGUCGCCGAAUGUGUGCGGGAAACCUCUUCCCGAGAGUUGAAGCGCGCCGUGGAAACUGAGAGGAGAGCCUGUGUGGCCCGUUGUUCUGAAGAUGUCUGGGAUCAUCUCAUGGACUUGUUCUUAGAGGAGGAGAUUUUCCAGAGUGCCAGGGAGACCCUGCAGGAGCUUCAGUGUUUCUGUAAAUGCUUGCAGCGGUGGAGGGACGCUGUCGCUGCCCGGAAAAAACUGAAGAGACAGAUGAGAGCAUUCCCUGCAGCUCCCUGUUGUGUGGAUCUGAGCAACAGACUGCAGGCCUUAUCCCCUAGUGCCGAGUGUCCGAUUGCUAAAGAGAACUUGGCCAAGGGAGUCCUGAAUCUGGGGCACGCAGGCAAACUGGGGGUCUCUUGCACCAGGUUACGGUGGAUGAGACACAAGACCAUCCACCAAAUGAAGGUUCAGUAUUUCUACCAACAAUUACUCAGUGAGGCCGUGUGGACUCCUCUGGACCUGCCGGCCCUCAUUGCUGAGCAUUACCCUGGACACAGGGAGCAGGUGUUCUGGAAGUUGCUGGUGGUGCUGCCCGACAGCGAGGAGCCUGCCUUGGGCUAUUCCAGCAGGAUUCUAGCAAGCUGGCUAAAAGUCAAGUUCAUGGGAAGCGAAGAUUUACAGAACACGGCCCAGCAGGUUUCAGACGGGAUUCAGACGCUCACCUUGUUGAAUGCCUGCGGCACCAAAGGGAAUCGGCCGGUUUGGGUCAACGUGUGCGUGAAGGUGGCUCAUGGCCUGCUCAGCGACUCGGCCCUUGACGCCACCGAGACACAGAAGGACCUUCUGGGCACCAGCGGCCUCCUCUUCCUGCUCCCCCCACCUGGAAAGGGUGCCGAGGAGGAUGAGGACGACACAUACUGGCUCACAGCCUUGCUACAGCUCAAACAGCUCCUGCAGGCAAAGCCCUUUCACCCCCUGGUGCCCCUGGCAGUUCUUGUACCCAGUGAGGAAGGGGCUGCCGAGGCCGAAGUGGAGGAAGGUCUGAUGCUCCCAGACUUGGUUUCCUCCCAGCUGAUUUCAGAUUAUGUCGUCAUGGGCAUCCCAGCCUCAGUCAGUGAUCUCCAAGGCACCCACAGGGUGUCCCAGGCUGUGAAGUGGCUGGUCUCUCACAGCCCCAGCAGCCUGGAGCUCUGCUGCCAGACUCUGCCGCAGUACAUCGAGGACGGCGUGAGCCGUGAGUUCAGUGACCGCUUCUUCUAUGACCGUAAGGAGCGGCGUGUGGCUGGCCUGCCCUCGCAGGAGCCCAGCGCCAUCAUCGAGCUCUUCAACAGUGUCCUGCAGUUCCUGGCAGGGGUGGCCUCCUCCGAGCACCUCUGCCACCUGUCCUGGCCCAUCACCGAGUUUGCCGAGCCUGGCGGCAACAAGGUGCUGCCUCACCUCCAGUGGAAUGCCCCUGACCACCUGGCCUGGCUCAAGAAGGCCGUGCUCUCCUUCCAGCUGCCCCACAUGGACCUUCCCCCCCAGGGCGCUCCCUGGCGUCCCGUGUGCACCAUGAUCUCCCAGUACGUUUCCCAGAUCCCAAGCUGUCGCCAGACUCAGCCCAUCCUUCAGUCGCAGGUGGAGAACCUUCUGAGCCGGACCUACGCCAGGUGGAGGAACAAAGAGCUCUGGGCCCUGGGUGAGACGGGCCCCUCCGUGGACGACAUUCCCUGGGAUGACAUCCUCGCUCUCUGCAUUAACCACAAGCUGAGGGACUGGAAGCCGCCCAGACUACCCGUCACGUCAGAGGCUCUGAGUGACGACGGCCAGAUCUGCGUUUACUUUUUCAAAAGCCACUUAAAAAACUACAACGUCCCCAGCUCGUGGGAACAGGCCAGGCUGCAGACCCAGAAGGGGGCCCCGAGGCACGGUCAGGGACGUUUGGGCAUGAAAUCUUCUCGAUCGCCUGCCAAGGGCUUCUCCCCUCCGUGGCUCCAGGUCCCCCUCCGCGGGCCCAGGGGCCCAGAGAACGGGCGGGUGGGCCGCGUGCCCGAUGCCGAGGAGCUCGCCCACACGGCCUCGGCCGAGGAGCUGCUCCCAGAGCGCCUGUCCGCCAGCCUUCAACUGGAGAAAGAGGAGAGCAAGAGAUUUGAAGAUCGGCUGCGCCGGUGGCUGGCCGGGGACCUGGAGCCGGGGGCAGAUGCCAGCUCCCUCCCCCUCUACCUCCCCCAGGCGCUGGUAGCGACACCCCAGACCCUUCAGCCCGUGCUACGGAUGGCGGCGGCAGUGCCUUCCGGCCCCCAGGACGAGGAGAGCGCCGAGCAGCCGCCGGCGUCCCCAGAGAUGGACGCGUCUCUGACCGAGAAGCUGAGGCGCUUGGAAAGCCUGAUCGAAAGGACCAAAGAGGAGGAGCUCGCCUGCGAGCGCCAUCUCUCCACGCUGCUGGACAUGGUGGACAUUUGAGGGGGGGAGGGACACGAAGGACGUUCUCUGCAGAUGCUGCACCCCCAGCCGGACGGGCCAUCAAUCAUGGAACAGGCCUGCUCCGGCCCGAGCCUACCUCACAGGGUUGUUGUGAGGACAGGAUCAUGUGUGUAAAGUGCUUGCUAAGA